GAUAAAAGUGGCGAUGUUACCACAUGGCGUACCCAUUUAUUAAAAACUGGAACAAACGGCAAACAAUUAGAAGGAGUAUAUGCUCCUCCACGACGUCAAAAACUAUGUUUAGCAAAUUUAUAUCCAAUAAAUUUUGGAAAUAACGCAGAUAUCACUAGCAAAAAAAACACGUUAUUGAAUAGGUUACAAAUAGUUGCGGAACGAGAAGCAUAUUUUUUAUGGAAACACUAUCACAAAAAUGGCAAAGACGACACAGAGUCCCACAAUAGAGCUUGUUGUGCUAUACGAAACAGUUUUUACGAUAUAGGAGAUAUAGUUAAAGGCACAGAUUUAUGGGACGAUCCUAGCAAAAUAUAUAUAGAUGAAACACUAAAAAAUAUAUUUGAAGAUGAAGAAAAACAAAGAACAAAAAAAACAAUAUAUCCAAAUCCUAUUUUAUAUUUAAGAAAACAAUGGUGGGAGUAUUCAGAAACUGGAAAACCAACGACAAAAGAUAAAAUAUGGGAUUCUAUGCAGUGUGGUGUGAAAAACGCGAUAACAAAUUUAAAAGGAGAGACGAACCAGGUUGGUGACGAUCGGUUGCCACAGUGUAUACAAGAUAUAAAAAAUAAACGAAAUGUCUACUCAGUUGCUACGCCUCAAUUUAUGAGAUGGCUCGAAGAAUGGACCCAACAGUUUUGCGAAAAAUACGAUGAACAUAUGAAAGAAUUAGAAUCGAAAUGUGGAAGUAGUGGUGGUAAUAAUCAUGACUGUAAUAGUGGCAAAAAUGAGUGUAAGGACGCUUGUACGAAAUAUAAUGAUUGGAUCACUUCAAAAAAAAAAGAAUGGGUAGGUAUGAGCCAAUAUUAUGGCACAAUAUUUCUUAGAAAAAGUAGUUAUGAGUCCCCCGACGGAACGGAUUAUGAUGCAAUCACUCAACCUACAGCAAUUAAAUAUUUGAACCAAAAAUGUAAUAAAGAAAUAGAUGGAACAGAUAAUUGUUGUCAUUGUCAAAAACUUGGUAUCGACCGUACGUCCCUCACUGGUAGAAAUGAUGCCCCACUGGAACAUAUGGACAAAGUUGUCAAUAAAACUGACGAUAAAUAUAAAAAAUAUAUGCCACAAUGCACCAAAUGUUACAUACAACAUAUAAAGGACCAAAUUAGUGACAUCGAGAAGAAAUUGAAUAUAGAAAAAACGAAGGAAGAGAAAAAAGGAGGAAAAAAACAUGAUUUCGACUGCGGAAAAAACGGUAGUGAUGAUAAAUUGUGCGAUAAAUUAACGGAUGGUGGAAAAGAUGAGGAGGCAGAAACAUUAAAGGUUCCUAUUGAUCCUGAUGACAACGAUUCCAAUAAAAAUAAAGAAACGGGUGGUAUGAAUUGUGGAGGUAUACCUAGUAAAGAAUCAGAUUAUAUAUGGAAACAUAAAAAAA